ACAGGCAAAAACCGAAACCCAACUCUUAUAAUUACCCCCUAAUUUCUGUCUCCCAACGCAUCUUUUCAUCACUUUCUGUUUCAUUGCUCUUAGUCCUAUGAUUCUUGCAUAAGAAAUAUAAAAACUUCACCACCUUCUCUUUCAUAUUGCACCCAACUAACACAUCCUUCUUAAUUCUACAGCUAGCUCUUUCUGGUUCUGGCACCCAAUAAUACUUCAACUUUAUCUAACAUGUUGAGGCUUGUGCUAGUCUUCUCACUUCUUUUCACCCUCUGCCUCUCAUCCUCAGCUCAAAACUGUUCCACAUACACAUCUUUUUCUAAUAACUUGGCCUUCAGCUCCUGCAAUGACCUUCCCUUUUUGAACUCUUUCCUAUAUUGGAACUACAAUUCAUCGUCUGGAAGCCUCCAAAUCGCCUAUAGACACACUGGGGUCACGACCUCUAGUUGGGUUGCUUGGGCCAUUAACCCCAAUGAUUUACAGACAGCCAUGAUUGGAGCACAGGCACUUGUAGCUUUUCAACUAUCCAAUGGUUCCAUGAGAGCCUACACGUCCCCAAUCAGUAGUUAUACUACCAACUUGCCGGAGGGCAACCUGCAAUAUAGUGUAUCGGAUUUGACAGCAACUUAUGCAAAUGGUGAGAUUGUUAUCUAUGCUACUUUGUCACUUCCGAUCAAUACCACCACUGUCAACCAGGUUUGGCAAGAUGGUCUGGUUUCAAAUGACAGUCCAGGACAGCAUUCUACAGCCAAUUCUAAUACCAAUUCCAAGGGUACCCUGAAUCUUCUUUCGGGGCAGUCUGCAACGGGCAGUGGGGGGAGCUCAAUAGCUAGAAAUCGAAAUAUCCAUGGAGUGCUAUGUGCAAUUGGUUGGGGAAUUUUGAUGCCUAUUGGUGUUAUAAUAGCAAGGUACAUGAAGGUAUUCAAAUCCGCAGACCCUGCAUGGUUUUACCUUCAUGUCACUUGUCAAACCUCAGCUUAUAUUAUUGGACUCACUGGAUGGGCAAUUGGUCUUAAACUUGGAAGCCAAAGUACUCCUGGUGUCCAAUACACUGGGCACAGAACAAUCGGCAUUUUGCUUUUUAUUCUUGGAACACUUCAGAAAGAUUUGCAUUUUGCCUACGUCUUCGCUUUGCUUAUAAGGCCUAAAAAGGAUCAUAAAUUCAGAUUUUACUGGACUAUUUACCACCAUUCAGUGGGAUAUCUUGUUAUUCUUCUAGCCAUCAUUAACAUAUUCAAAGGUUUCGAUAUUUUGAAUCCGGAAAAGAAGUGGAAGAAUGUUUACAUCGGUGUUAUUGCGAUUUUGGCUAUCAAAGCUGUGUGCUUGGAAGCUUUUACUUGGUAUGUUGUUCUGAAGAGAAGAAAGUCAGAAACGGCUGAGAAACCACCUCAGGGUAUGAAUGGAGCAAAUGGGGCUAAUGGGCAUGGUGCUAGGCCAACAUAUGUUUAAAUAGUAUACCAGAUAUUGGAUGUGAUUAUUAUUUGUUUUUUCUCACACAUUCAUUUCUUUCUGCUUCUACGUAUUUACACGCUUUAAUUUUGUCAAUUUAUGGGAGACGGUGUUUUGGAUACCCCAUGUAGUCAUGUACUGGGGAAGUUCGAGA